AUGGAACUGGGUAAUCCCACACAGGAAAUCGUACAGUUGGCCAGAAAGCUCCUCCUUCCUGCCACUAUGACCUCAUACGCUCGUCUCGGGAGUCUAUCGAGACUAUCAACGCGCUCAGUGCAGAUUCGCGGCUUGACUACGUCGGCUGUUCUGAGGAACGAGGCCACGUCAAACCUUGGGACUGUUCAAGUUCAGAAGAAACCAAUUGGUGGGUUCAGGGGAGGUAUUGUUGGAUUUCUGUUUGGCUUCUCCUUAGCAUCUUCAUUUGCGGCGUACCACCUCUUGGAGGAAUACCAACAAGCAUCUGCUGUGCUACAGGCCAGCGUUGAGGAGUUGAAGAUUAGCACAGAGAAGGUUUCCGCACAUGUCAGGCGGAUAGAGGCCGUUGAGAAGGUCUUGAAGGUCUUGUCGGAUACCUCCGCCUCAAAGGAGGAUAUCUCCAGGGUUCGCGCCGAAGUUAAAAAGCUCUAUGGCGGACUUCAUGUUGAAUUUCUGGACCUACGUACACAUGUAUGGGGAAUUCAACAAGAUCUUCACAAGCUCUCCAAAAAGGAAUCCACAGAAUCCGGCGCAAUUGGUGCAACUUUCCAGUACACUCCUAUUCUUGGGGCUCCCAUACGGUUAUUACACGCCCGCUGCUCCGCUACGAUACGUGUCGUCACGAUCUUCACUCCAUAG